UUGGAGUGUUCAUUCCUUUACAUGAAGUUUCUACACUGAGUUUAAAGAUGCCCAAGAACACUGCAAGUACCAAGUGAACAAGGCAGGAAACUCUUCCCUAGACAACUGGGAAUGGGAUUCUCUGUAAGGAGACAAGGACUGUCAGACUUCUCCAUGGGAUGCAUCAUAGCCUAACAGUGUCAUACAGAGCACUUUGUCCUUUUGCACUCUUAUGCCAAAGUCAUAUAACCUAUGUAAAGAAUGAAAAGCUGGAUUGUACUGCUGGCUAUUGUAGUCAGCACAGCAGAAACACAGAAGCAGGACGUCUGCACCCAAGGGUAUCCUGGCAUCCCUGGCAAUCCUGGGCACAAUGGCAUACCUGGUCGGGACGGACGUGACGGGUCAAAAGGAGACAAGGGAGAUACAGGUGAACCGGGAAUUCCUGGCAGUCCAGGAAAAGAUGGUGUCAAUGGAGAGAAAGGUGAACGAGGAACCAAUGGGACUGUUGAAGAGAAGGGGAACAAAGGAGACAAAGGAGAAAGAGGACCACCUGGGAAACUGGGACCAAAAGGAUUUAUGGGAUCAGUGGGUUACAAAGGUCAGAAGGGAGAGCUGGGACUGCAAGGACAAAAGGGGUUAAAAGGAGACAUUGGACCCAUAGGUCCAAAAGGAACAAAGGGGGAAAUUGGCCAUCCUGGAAGAGUUGGUUUCCCAGGGCCAAUUGGCCCGAUUGGUAAUCCAGGUCCUAAAGGUAAUAUUGGAGGUAUAGGGCCACAGGGUAAUCCAGGAAUUCAGGGGGAAAGAGGCUUGAAAGGAGACAGAGGAGACAAGGGGGACGUAGGUGCCCCAGGAGUGCUGCCAAGGAGUGCUUUCAGUGUUGGCCUCACAGCCAACACCAAGUUUCCCCCUCCGAAUCGCCCGAUCAAGUUUGACAAGGUGCUGUAUAACAGCCUGAACGACUUCAACUCUGCUACUGGCAAGUUCACCUGCAAACACCCCGGUGUUUACUAUUUCACCUACCACAUCACUGUCUACUCAAGGAACGUGCGCGUAGCUCUCGUGAAGAACGGCAUCAAGAUGCUGCACACGGUGGACAGGUACCAGAGCGGAGAGGACCAGGCCUCGGGAGCCGCCAUCCUCGAGCUGCAGGGAGGAGACGAGGUGUGGCUGCAGGCCCACCAAGGAGAGGCUUUCAACGGGCUCUUUGCAGACGGCGAUGACGAUACCACCUUCUCUGGGUUCCUCCUGUUCGGCACCGCUGACCCACUGCAGCCACUGCUGCUGCCCACCCCGUAGCUCCACGUUAUCCCUGAAUGCUGCGUGCCUGUGCCCCUCAGCCCUCCCUAAGAGAGGGGCUGGGCAGUUUCUGCUGGAUUCAACGGAAAAGACUUGGUUCUAGGAAAAGCUUCUGCACAAGAGAGGACAAGUCUUCAGAAUCGACAGUGCUGGGCUUAACACAUUGGUGGUUUGAUGACUUACUUGAGGCGUUCACAGGGGUGUGUACCCCCGUUCUGAAGAACAAAUUUUAAAGCAAAGUGGGAUGAAAUAAAAGACAAAAGUUCUGGAAUUAUGUUGUGUGGGAUAUCUUGUAUAAACAAGAAGCAACAGUUAGUUCCAAGCCAGUUUAUAUCUUCCAAUGUGGCAUGUGUAGAUGGACUUGAAACUUGGUCAGUUUCCAUCCAACCACUUUAUCAUAAUUCUUAAACAUGAAAUUAGUGUAGUUUGAUACCUCUGUAGAAGCUGCUUGCUCUGUGGUGCAAGCAAAUUUCAUUGUUUCAUUUACAGCUUUCAAAUAUGGUUAUUUUCUCUCUAUGUAGUCACAGGUCUGAAACUGAGCAAAAUGGAGUGAUAGAAGGAAGUGCCAUGUGGAUGCUCAGGUGUGGGCAGAUAUUCAAGACCAGUGCAAAAAUAUAGCAUAAAGCUGCUGAACUUCAGAAUUAGCUGGUGCAAAACAAAUUCUCCCAGAUUAAAGAUAAUAUUUAAUCAACACUGAAGCAGCCCUGCCAGAGAACUGAUCAAGAGUUAC